AUGCCUAUGGUAACUGCAGCUACCUCCCUUCGCCGGGCUCUCGAGAACCCCGAUUCCUUCAUCGUCGCCCCCGGAGUCUACGAUGGACUGUCAGCCCGUGUCGCCCUUUCCGCGGGCUUCGACGCUCUGUACAUGACCGGUGCCGGUACCGCUGCCUCGGUCCAUGGUCAAGCAGACUUGGGCAUCUGCACUCUCAACGACAUGCGCGCCAACGCUGAAAUGAUCUCCAACAUCUCCCCUAGCACUCCCGUAAUUGCCGACGCAGACACCGGCUACGGCGGACCCAUUAUGGUCGCCCGCACGACCGAGCAAUACUCGCGGUCCGGAGUUGCCGCCUUCCACAUAGAAGACCAGGUACAAACGAAGCGCUGCGGACAUCUCGCUGGCAAGAUUCUCGUAGACACGGACACCUACGUGACGAGGAUCCGGGCAGCAGUGCAGGCUCGCCAGCGGAUUGGCAGUGAUAUUGUUGUGAUCGCCCGGACAGAUUCCCUCCAAACCCACGGCUAUGAGGAGAGUGUCGCGAGACUGCGGGCCGCGCGCGACGCAGGCGCGGACGUAGGAUUCCUCGAGGGGAUUACGUCCAGGGAGAUGGCCCGGCAAGUGAUUCAGGACCUGGCGGGGUGGCCGUUGCUGCUGAACAUGGUGGAGCAUGGGGCCACGCCGUCGAUCUCAGCAGCCGAGGCCAAGGAGAUGGGCUUCCGCAUCAUCAUCUUCCCGUUCGCGGCAUUGGGACCUGCCGUUGCAGCGAUGCGCGAGGCGAUGGAGAAGCUGAAGAGGGACGGCAUCCCUGGGUUGGACAAGGAGAUGACACCACAGAUGCUCUUCCGUGUGUGUGGAUUGGACGAGAGUAUGAAGGUGGAUGCGCAGGCCGGGGGUGCUGCUUUUGACGGAGGGGUGGACCUGAAGUAG